UAUUCUCUCUGUCCAUAGCUCUCUCGUGGAUGAAGUCACACUAUGAGUUUACACUUCAUUCCAGUCCGUGACAAUCUGACAAAUAGAUGAGUGGAUGACAUGCUCUGACAUCAGCAUAGUUUAUUGUACACCGACGGGAACUGUCGGCUGUUGAUUCCACGGGCAGCAUCUGGCAAAGUUUACUAUUCGAGAUCCUCUGCUUUGUUCAUCUCUAGAUAUAAUAAAACCGCGCAAGCGAUGUUUGUUUCAAUUUAAGACCGGUCGAGCUUUCUAUCCCGUAGCUUUCGAAAUCGCCAUUUCUAGGAAGGUUGAACCGUGCACAGUGAUGAAGAGUGGAGACUGGGGCUUCCGGUGUAAAACAGGCUGUCUUUAUGAAAUCCAUCGAGAGAAGCCAUUCCCGUGGGGUUUAUUUCAUGGGGAUGUGUUCAAGACAAGAGAGAAUACAAAAAGACGUCAACAUCGUAAUUCAAAGGAGCAAGGCAGAGAAAGACUGCCUUUUCUCUGAUUUCAGAUAUUCUGACGCCACCUUCACCUUCACUUAUUCCAAAGGCUCCAGAAGGGUGUCCUACUCUGUGCACGUCUCUGACGACUACCCAGACAACACAUACGUGUCAAACUCUGAAAACGAGGAUGAAGUUCUCGUAACCAGAGACCCGAUCCCCGUCAUCUUCCACAGAAUCUCAACAGAGAUUACGAUCAACAAUGACGCCAGCUGCUGCCUGUCCAUCAAGACAAAACUUCAGUUAGACAAAAACCAGUGCCACUAUGCCAUAGAGGAGGACUCUGAGGGGGAUGCUGACUCUGAGGAGUUUUACUAUGGAGGUCAGGUGAACUACGAUGGCGAGCUCCACAAGCACCCCCAGCUGGAGGCAGACCUGGCGGCGGUCCGGGAGAUGUACGGACAUCACGCAGUAUCUCUCAGGGAAUACGGUGCGAUUGAUGACGUGGACAUUGAUCUGCACAUCGACGUCAGUUUCCUAGAUGAGGAAAUAGCCCUGGCAUGGGACGUGAUCCGCAGGGAGCCGGUGAUCGUGCGUCUCCACUGCUCUCUGACACAGUACCUGAAUGGACCAGUCCCCACGGUGGACGUGUUCCAGGCAUCGACUAAGGACCGGUUUGGACUGGGACAUCAGUUGAAGAAGAUAAUGCAGACAUUUGUCACCCAGCAGUGGAAACACCAAAGUGAAGAGAAGCUCAACUCCCUUCACAACAAAAACAAGAACAAAAAGAAGGUCAAAUCUCCACUCCACAUCUUCUCAACCCUCCGCAGAUCUCCCAGCUACCCGCCUCCUGGCUGUGUCAAGAGCAAGAAGAAUCUGAAGCCGGAACAAGAUGGCGUCUCUAAAUCCCACCGUCUCCUCGGCCAGACCUGCUCCAGCACCGUUAAACAGCAGGUUGAAGCGGAGGUCCCUGGAACUAAGACCACCCACCGUCUCCUCGGCCAGUCCCUGUCUAGCACAGAACCCCGUUUGGACCACGGAGGAGGGCCCUGUCCCGGACACUUGCCCCUCAAACCCCGCCGCAUCCUGGGCAGGCCCUGCUCGGCUUUGGUCAAACCAGAGGACCUCCGCCCCACUCCCCACAAGCUCUUGCCCCGAUUGUGCUCCGUCGACCCCCGCUGUGAGCACGCUGGUGGGGGAGGAGGUAGUCUUGGGGGAGGUUUAAAGCACCACAGACUGCUCAGUAGGUCGUGCUCUGGUUCUAUCAGGACGGAGGAGCUGGAUGGACUGAAACACCACCACCACCUCCUCAGCAGGUCCUACUCCAGCAGUACCAAGAUGGGCAAGGCAGCGGACAUCUUCAAGGACUCUGUGUCUCCGUCCGAGGGGAGGCGGCUCUCUCUUACCUCAGGGCUCAUCGGGAUCCUCGCCCCCUCGCUCGCCACGCCCCCGCCGCCAAACAAUGGGGCCAAGUCCAUUCCGAUAAGAGACAGAGGCUUCCUUGUCCAGACCAUGGAAUAUGCUGAGCAGAGAACUCCGGUCCUGAAUGAGUUCUGUGUGGUGUGUGACGAACCACAUGUGUUCCAGAACGGACCCAUGCUCCGACCCACGGUGUGUGAGCGAGAACUGUGUGUGUUUGCCUUUCAAACACUGGGGGUGAUGAACGAGGCAGCCGACGAGAUCGCCACAGGAGCUCAGGUGGUGGACCUGUUGGUGUCCAUGUGUAGGUCUGCUCUAGAGUCUCCCAGGAAAGUGGUCAUCUUUGAGCCAUAUCCCUCCGUGGUGGAUCCGUGUGACUCCCAGGCACUGGCCUUCAACCCCCGGAAAAAGGAUUAUGACCGAGUGAUGAGAGCCCUUGACAGCCUUACCUCUAUAAGAGAAAUGUCCCAGGCACCUUACCUUGAGGUCAAGAGGCAGAUGGACAAGCAUGAUCCUUUAGCUCACCCCUUACUGCAAUGGGUAAUAUCCAGUAACAGGUCACACAUCGUCAAACUUCCAGUUACCAGACAGCUGAAGUUCAUGCACACCCCACACCAGUUCCUUCUACUCAACAGUCCUCCUGCCAAAGAGUCCAACUUCCGAGCUGCCAAAAACCUCUUCGGGAGUACCUUCGCUUUCCAUGGUUCUCACAUAGAGAAUUGGCACUCCAUUUUGAGAAACGGUUUGGUGGUUGCAUCCAACACAAGACUUCAGCUCCAUGGCGCCAUCUAUGGGAGUGGAAUCUAUCUCAGCCCAAUGUCAAGCAUAUCCUUUGGUUACUCAGGGAUGAACAAAAAGCAACAGAAGGUUGCUUCAAAGGACCAAACUGCGACAAACAAGACCAACUUACAUUUGCAGUCAACAAAGAAAGGACAGCAACCCCAGUUUUUGCAAAGUCGGAACCUAAAGUGCAUAGCCUUAUGUGAAGUCAUCACGUCCCCUGACCUGCACAAACAUGGAGACAUCUGGGUCGUCCCAAACACCGACCACGUCUGUACACGUUUCUUCUUCGUCUAUGAAGAUGGUCAGGUGGGAGAUACAAGCAUCAACACACAAGACGCUGGCAUCCAUCGAGAGAUCCUACGAGUCAUCGGCAAUCAGACUGCCACGGGAUGAACCUUGCUGAAAUGGAAAUGUCCUUCGCAUAAUUCUGCUGCCGCCACCUCCCGGCUCAAAGCUGCAUUUUUUGAGCUGCUGAAGCCUGUCGUAACACUUGUGUUUCCGACCAAUGUAGAGAACACGUCAACAACUUAGCAAAAGUUUGAAAUCUUCAAGGAAACCUUGAUGAAAUCAACAACACAUAUUUACAACUGAAACACAGCAAAACUCUUUUAGGGAAGAACACAUUUUGCUAAGUUUAUAAAUACUAUGAAGAAUCCUGUUUUUCUGAAGACACGGUAUGUCGCUGUUUGACUGCUUGGGACGACUUCAUUUUUUUUUUUAAUAGAGAACAUUUAAAAAAAACGGUAAAACUCUUUGGUGAAUAUUUUGAGACUUCUUGCUCGUAGAUGUGGGACCUUUUCAGCAAAAAUAACGAUUAUGUUCCCUUCCUGUCUAGCAAAAAGGUCCCAUCUAUCUGACCUUAUUUACUGUAAAAGAGUUGUAUCUUUUCAAAAUACAAUGUACUUUAUGUAUACUGAAGGUGUUAAUGUGCACUUCAUUUUUCUUAAUGUCAUACAUUUAUUCUAACAACUGAGUCAUAACCUGAUAAACUAAAAAGCCCCCCCCCCCCCCUCCACUUGUAUUUCCGACGGUGGUGUGAUGUGUUGGUUACCAUUCCGUGUCGACUGAGGGACAACAGCAAUACGUUGAGUGGAAUAGACACAUCAGGCCAGGAUUCUAUCAGGCCUGCAGGGAGUUCUGGGUGUACUAGAUCUGUCUUUCUCAUUGAAAGCCACUCUUAAGACGUGGUAGAUUGGUUCUGUGUGUGUUAUUUCUAUGUUUCCCGUUCUUAAAUUACGUUUGAACGUCUUUUACUUUCGGUUUUGUACACCAGGUUGAAACAGCUGAAAAUACAAUAUUUUUGGUUAUUGAAAAUAUAUUUUACAAUAUAUUAUCUACACUAUACUUACUAUGUUUUGUUACAUAAAGGGAAAUUAAGCAAACUAUUAGAAAUUUAGCAACUAGGAAAUGAAAGAGCGAUUUUCUGCACAGUGUACCGUUAAAGGGAAUUUACCAUUGAGCCGACAUCUGGCGUGUUUACUUAGAAGGCCAUCUCCUCGACAUUACCUUUAAAUGGUGCAUCGCCCAAAAGGGCCGAUUUGGAUUGAAGUGUGUAAGAGCUUUCAACGAGACGUCAUCAAACAUGAGCAGAAACGUAUGCUGUGUUAAUUUAGGAAGUAGAUCAGUUUCUUUCACAUAUCAUACCAGGAAAUGUAUAUAUUGGUUUCUUCUCCUUUUAUAGGGGGUCUACUGGUUUACAAUAGCAAAGACUUUGACUCCAGUCAAGAAUAGAUACAUUUGAUAAAUUCAUAAAUUCUGCACACUUACCACUCACAACCAGUUUAAAUAUAAUAACACGUAUUUAAAAAGCUAUUCAGUAUUACCACAUGUCAGAUUGAUCUUUAUACUUUGAUUAAAACUAUGGGUAGAUGUGGAUGUAUAAUCGGAGCCCCAAUUAAAGAACAUUUUAAAGCUGUUCCUUUUGUUUAGAGGGGGGAUGUCUAUACAUACUAAGCAUUAGUGUUUGCUGCUUGUCUAUAUAUUUCUGUGCUUUUAAAGACCAAUCAGAUCCCAGCUGUGCUUUUAAAGACCAAUCAGAUCCCAGCUGUGCUUUUAAAGACCAAUCAGAUCCCAGCUGUGCUUUUAAAGACCAAUCAGAUCUCAGCUGUUCUUUUAAAGACCAAUCAGAGCUCAGCUGUGCUUUUAAAGACCAAUCAGAGCUCAGAUACUAUCCCUUGUGUUCACUGUAAAUUAUAUAUUUAUUAUGAAAUUAUGAUGGUUUAAAGUAGACAUUGAUAUUAGUCAUAUAGGACACCAACCACACUGAACAUUGAUAUAGGUCAUACUGGACACCAACCAAUCUGAUGAAAAAUUACUGUAAAUCACAGGUCAUAUUUUUUUAUGCAUUUUUUUUCAGCACUAAUGAUUUUACAGUUGUAAUAUAUUUGACGUUAUUGUAACAAAUAUAGCUAAAUAAAUACAUUUACAUAGUUUAGCAGACGCUCUAAUCCAGAGUAAUUUACAGGAGCAGUUACAAUUCAGUGCCUUGCUCAAGGGCAUGUCAACAGAUUAUUCACCCAGUUGGCUCAGGUAAUUCAAACCAGCGACCUUUCGGUUACUGGCCCAACACUCUUAACCGCUAGGCUACCUGCCGCCCCACCGCUAGGCUACCUACUCUUAACCGCUUGGCUAACUGCUCUUAUCCGCUAGGCUACCUACUCUUAACCGCUUGGCUAACUGCUCUUAACCGCUCGGCUUCCUACUCUUAAACGCUAGGCUACCGUCUCUAAACCUUCAGGUUACCUGCUCUUAACCGCUAGCCUACCUGCUGAUUUACCACUAGGCUACCUUCUCUAAACUUUCAGGCUACCUACUCUUAACCGCUAGGCUACCUGCUCUUAACUGCUAGGCUACCUGCGCUUAACACCUAGGCUACCGGCUCUUAAAUGCUAGGCUUCUUGCUCUUAACCCCUAGAAUACCUGCUCUUAAACGCUAGGCUACCUGAUCAUAUCCGCUAGGCUACCUGUGAUUUACAGCUAGGCUACCUUCUCUAAACCUUCAGGCUAUCUACUCUUAAGCGCUAACCUGCUAUUAACUCCUAGGCUACCUGCUCUUAACCAUUAGGCUACUUGCUCUUAACUCCUAGACUACCUGCUCUUAACCUCUAGGCUACCUGCUCUUAACCGCUAGCCUACCUGCUCUUAACCGCUAGCCUAUCUGCUCUUAACCGCUAGUCAACCUGCUCUUAACUGCUAGGCUACAUGCUGUUAACUGCUAGGCUACAUGCUCUUAACCGCUAGGCUACCUUCUUUUUACUGCAAGGCAACCUGCCGCUCAACCGCUAGGCUACCUGCUCUUAACUGCAAGGCUUCCUGCUCUUAACCCCUAGGCUACCUGCCGGGCCACCGCUAGGCUACCUGCUCUUAACUGCUAGGCUUCCUGCUUUUAACUAAUAGGCUACCUGCUCUUAACCGCUAGGCUACCUAUUCUUAACUGCUAGGCUACCUGCUCUUAUCCGCUAGGCCUCCUUCUCUUAACAUCUAGGCUACUUGCUCUUAACCUCGAGGCUGCCUGCUCUUAACCCCUAGGCUACCUGCCUCCCCACCGCUAGGCUACCUGCUGUUAACCACUAGGCUACCUGCUCUUAACUGCUAGCCUACAUCCUGUUAACUACUAGGCUACCUAUUCUUAACUGCUAAGCUACCUGCUCUUAUCCGCUAGUCUUCCUACUCUUAACCGCUAGGCUACCUGCUCUUAACAUCUAGGUAACCCCUAGGCUACCUGCCGCCCCAUCGCUAGGCUACCUGCUGUUAACCGCUAGGCUACCUGCUCUUAACUGCUAGGCUACCUGCUUUUAACCCCUAGGCUCCCUGCUCUUAACAGCUCGACUACCUGCUCUUAACCCCUAGGCUACCUGCUCUUAACCAAUAGGCUACAUGCUGUUAACUGCUAGGCUACAUGCUCUUAACCGCUAGGCUACCUUCUUUUUACUGCAAGGCAACCUGCCGCUCAACCGCUAGGCUACCUGCUCUUAACUGCAAGGCUUUCUGCUCUUAACCCCUAGGCUACCUGCCAGGCCACCGCUAGGCUACCUGCUCUUAACUGCUAGGCUUCCUAUUCUUAACUGCUAGGCUACCUGCUCUUAUCCGCUAGGCCUCCUUCUCUUAACCUCUAGGCUACUUGCUCUUAACCUCGAGGCUGCCUGCUCUAAACCCCUAGGCUACCUGCCUCCCCACCGCUAGGCUACCUGCUGUUAACCGCUAGGCUACCUGCUCUUAACGCCUAGGCUACCUGCUCUUAACUGCUAGGCUACCUAUUCUUAACUGCUAGGCUACCUGCUCUUAUCCGCUAGGCCUCCUUCUCUUAACCUCUAGGCUACUUGCUCUUAACCUCGAGGCUGCCUGCUCUUAACCCCUAGGCUACCUGCCUCCCCACCGCUAGGUAACCUGCUGUUAACCGCUAGGCUACCUGCUCUUAACGCCUAGGCUACCUGCUCUUAACUGCUAGCCUACAUCCUGUUAACCACUAGGCUACCUAUUGUUAACUGCUAAGCUACCUGCUCUUAUCCGCUAGUCUUCCUACUCUUAACCGCUAGGCUACCUGCUCUUAACAUCUAGGUAACCCCUAGGCUACCUGCUGUUAACCGCUAGGCUACCUGCUCUUAACUGCUAGGCUACCUGCUCUUAACCCCUAAGCUACCUGCUCUUAACCAAUAGGCUACCUGUUCUUAACCGCUAGGCUACCUGGUUUAAACCACUAGGCUACCUGGUUUAAACCACUAGGUUACCUGCUCUUAACCGCUAGGCUACCUGGUUUAAACCACUAGGCUACCUGCUCUUAACCGCUAGGCUACCUGGUUUAAACCACUAGGCUACCUGUUCUUAACCGCUAGGCUACCUGGUUUAAACCACUAGGCUACCUGCUCUUAACCGCUAGGCUACCUGGUUUAAACCACUAGGCUACCUGUUCUUAACUGCUAGGCUACCUGGUUUAAACCACUAGGCUACCUGCUCUUAACCGCUAGGCUACCUGGUUUAAACCACUAGGCUACCUGUUCUUAACCGCUAGGCUACCUGGUUUAAACCACUAGGCUACCUGUUCUUAACCGCUAGGCUACCUGGUUUAAAUCACUAGGCUACCUGUUCUUAACCGCUAGGCUACCUGGUUUAAACCACUAGGCUACCUGUUCUUAACCGCUAGGCUACCUGGUUUAAACCACUAGGCUACCUGUUCUUAACCGCUAGGCUACCUGGUUUAAACCACUAGGCUACCUGCCACCCCAAACAUAGAAGACAUUGAAGGCAAAUGAGCAACAUGUUGUUUUAUUGCAUCAUUCAUUGACCAGUGAUUUCAUAUUAAUAUUUUUUCAAUAUCUGUCUUGGAACAGUAAUGUGAUCCUGGUGGAUGUUGAUGUUGUGAUAUUACAUAUGUUAUAUCAUGCUAACAACAGUGUUGAGAACGGAUGUUACAUCUGCUAUUGUCACGGCUUUCGUUGUGGGAAGGAGGAGCGGACCAAAAAGACAUCCAACAUAGAAUGCCCACUCAGAUCACACCAUGACCAAUCAAAACAUAGAAACAUACAACGUAAACUAUGGCCAGGGCGUGACUAUAUUUACUCUUGAAACACAUUCAUAUACCAAACAUUGUCAAAGAUAUGUUGUUUUUUUUUUACUUCAGAUUUGUUUUAAAUAUGCAUGUUGUGUUAAUGGAUGAGAAAUGAUGUACUGAAAAGAUAUUUACUAUUUGUGAAUGAUGGGAUUAUAAUUUGAUGUCUAAUCCAUUCAUUAUUGAUUUAAAUUCAUGAUCACGUUUGUAUUUUAGCUACGGUAACACAGUAUCAUGAAUCUCAUGAAAGAAGGAGGAGCAUAUUGUUGAACUGGGGGCGGGAACAGAAUUCAGAAGGAACUCAGACGUUUAAAAAAAAUCUACAGUUUCCGGAAAAUCUAAAUCAGUUGAAUGGAGACCAAUACCAAUAUAAUGGUCGGCAGUAUAUCUCCUUCGAUCCACUUUGUGAUUGAGUGUUUCUGUUGAUCUGGAUGUCUUUGUAGUUUCUGCACAAUUAUAUAUGAUUAUUAUUAUUAUAUAUUAUUAUUUAUUAUAGUGAAUAAAAGUAUUCUAUGAUUGUGCCAUUUAGCGUUUGGUGCCUUAUAGACGUGUGGAUUAAUGGUAAUAUAUUACAAUACAUAUGGAAUAUAUUGUUAGUAUCACCACAACAAGGAGGCCAAAUAUUUUAUUUAUUUGAGUUUUUAUGGUUUUUUCUUUAUUUUGCAAAUUACUGGAGCUUUUUUGGGGGAGAGGGGGGGCUGCUUAUGUACUUGUUUAUGUUCAUUAAAUUUCAAACUUGCUGAAAAA